AUGGGUAGGCGAUUGUCUACUAAGUUGCUGAAUAUAUGUAUAGAUUCUUUAUGUAAAGCUCAGCAGUUGCAGAAAGCUGAAAUAGUUUUGAUAAGUGGUAUACGGAUAGGAGUGCUACCGGAUGUUGUAAGCUACAACACACUUGUUGCUGCAUAUUGUCGGUUUGUUGGGCUUGAUGCAGGCUAUUUGGUUCUUUAUAGGAUGAAAGAGGCGGGGAUACACCCGAAUGUUGUUACAUUUAAUUCAUUAUUGGCUGGUGCUGCUAGGCAAAGUUUACUGAUGCGGUUUUUCAAUUUGUUUGAUGAAAUGCUUCAGACAGGUGUUCAUCCUGAUGUUUGGAGUUACAACACAUUGAUGCAUUGCUUUUUUAGAUUAGGAAAGCCAGAUGAGGCCAAUCGGGUUUUCCAAGAUAUUAUUCUGAACAAUCUCCCUCCUCAUCCUGCCACUUUUAAUAUUAUGAUUAAUGGCCUAUGCAAAAAUGGAUAUAUCAACAAUGCUCUUAUGUUAUUCAGGAAUUUACAAAGAGGUGGGUUUGUUCCUCAGUUGGUAACAUACAAUAUACUUAUUAAUGGGCUUUGCAAGUCACGUAGGCUGGGUACAGCAAGAAAGAUUCUUAAAGAGCUCGAGGAAUCGGGUCACAUGCCAAAUGCUGUCAUUCAUACUACAGUUAUGAAAAGCUGUUUCAGGUCUAGGAAAUUUGUAGAAGGGUUUGAGAUUUUCUUGGAGAUGAAGAGGAAUGGAUAUACAUUUGAUGCCUUUGCAUAUUGUACAGUCAUUGGUGCUUUACUUAAAGCUGGCAGGGUAAACGAGGCAAAUGAAUGCUUCGGACAAAUGAUUACUAGUGGCAUUAGUUUGGAUAUAGUUUCAUAUAACACCCUUAUUAAUUUAUAUUGUAAAGAGGGCAAGUUGGACGAAGUCUAUGAGCUGUUAGACAAGAUAGAAGAAGAAGGUAUGGAAUGUGACAAGUAUACCCACACAAUUAUUAUUGAUGGGUUAUGUAAAGCUGGUAAUAUUGAAGGGGCCCAAAGACACCUGAAUAAUAUGAAUAUAAUGGGGUUUGACUCAAACUUGGUUGCUUACAAUUGCUUAAUUGAUAGAUUGUGUAAAGCUGGUCAUAUCGAUCGUGCACUAAAGUUAUUUGAGACUAUGGAAUUUAAGGAUUCUUAUACCUACACCUCCUUGGUGCACAAUCUUUGCAUGGCAGGAAGAUUUCGCUGUGCAUCAAAACUUAUGCUUUCCUGUUUAAGAGGCAACAUGAGAGUUCUAAAAUCUGCCCAGCGGGCUGUGAUUGAUGGACUUCGCGGUUCAGGGUUUAUGGGAGAGGCUAGAAAGCUCCAGUCAAAAGUUAAAUUAGCAAAGAUCAUAAAUUAUUGA